GAACUCCAGGCUUCCUGGGCUCCCGCGCAGAGCGUGGGGCCGCUUUCUCUCCACUUGUCGCGGAACCGGCUCUUUCCAACAAGCAACCAACCCAGCUGACUGGACCGAGUGGACCGAGUGGGCGAGUGGGCCGAGGGGCCCUCUGGGGCUUGUGGUCUCUGGGACUUUCUGCCUGUCACUUCCCUAAGGGAAGAAAGCAGGAGAGCUGGGCAGCGUUCCACUAGUCGGUGUGGUGCCUGGCCGCCGGGGCCGGCACUCAGCACCCCGCUGUCCAGGGGAUGGCGCAGAGUUCCUGCCCCAACGCUUCCUGCCCUGGCUCCCCGCUAAGGGAGCCCUCCCUCCUCUGCGGGAGCCCCAAAGGGACAAAAGCCAAGAUGGAUAAUCAAGCAUGGUAUCUGAGAACCUCAAAGCUGGCUCUGGCCUUGGCAAUUAUCCGCUCAAAACCAGCAGACAAAAGCAGCCGAGAAUACACAGAGCACCUCGCCAUGGUGGUGUCUGGGCAGGAGUCGAAGUGGAGAUCAAAAGUUGAAGCCUUGGAAGCUGAAGUUCUGCAAUUACGUCAAAACCUUCUUCUGAGCAGGAUUUGUUCUGGAUUGUUUAAGAGUGGAGACCCAUCUUCCCAGUUGCAGGCUCAAGAACCUGGAAGUUCUGAAAGUACAUUAACCAUGCUGGAAGAUUCAGGAUGUGAUUUAUCAAAUGAGCAGAGAACUGAACCUUCAGAGACGUUACAGCAUUUUGUGGAGAGCUGCACCCCUACACCCUUUCCACCACUGCCCAUUCUAAAAAAACAUGGUGCUACUCCAGAAAACCCUCUGUCUUCUCACAUGCAAUUCUUGCAACAUCUCCUUGAACUGAAGAACUGGGCAGAAUCAGAGAGUCUGAAAACAGACUUAAGCCACUUUGAAAACAACUCUUCCACAGUGUCUGAUUCUGUUUUUCAGUUGCUAGAUGGCCUGAUCACUUUUUACCGUAAACCCAAAUUUCCUUUUUCAAACUUUUGUACUGAAGCUGUUGAGACUUUAGCUAGACUGAUCAGUGACUGUAACUUAUCUGAUCAUAUUCUUCAAAAGUGUUCCAAGAAGUUGGAAGAAUUUGAGAAAACCCUGCUACAGAUUAUUUUAAGGAAUGGCCAUAUAAAUCGGUUUCAGGUGCAGCAUUAUGUCUCUCAGAGUCUGGUAACCCUGGGAAGGUGCAGCUUGUUGAAAAAAUCUAUAAUAUCUCAGCUCCUGUCAGAAAUAAAUAGCUUCACUGAUGAGCUGGGUACCAUCAAUCAGGUGCAAGCCAGUUAUGAUGUGACACGCUAUGAAAAUAUUUUCUCCUUCUUCUGGGUUCUGGAGCAGCUUCUUCAAAAGGAAAAAGCAGAAGGCAACACUGCAAGCAUAGGGCACGAAGACCUAGAAAUCAAGAAAUUUCUUCAGAAGCAUGAUGAAGCUAUUUUCCUACUCUCAGAUGCAUUUCCUUUAUUUACUUUUUAUUUAUGGAGACUGGGCAUUCUCUUGAACUCCAUAGAGACAGACACUGUUGAAAAUAACUCACUACCUUAACAAUUUACCAAAUAUCAGAAGCAUACUCAAGUUGAAUAUACAAGGAUCUGGUUAUUAAAAGAUUUUCAAGAAUAUUUUAAAAUGAGUAUUUUAAAUGGAUCUCCAAAUAUAAUCAUUAACUAAGCUCAAUAAUCUUAAAUUGUGUAUAAAAGACUAUGAGUAAUUAUAGUAUAGAAAUACUAUAAUCAGCCUACAUUGUCCUCAUUCCCAUGUAGCUGUAUCUUACAAGGUGUUACUCAAUAUGGUCUGGCUCUGUUAUUCCCUAAAAUGGACCAUUAUUUGUCUUUAUCAUAAAAGAUUUUUACAUUUUAAAAUAUUUCCAUAUAAUAAUCACUAAAAGGUAACAGGUGAGAUCUUGAAAGUUUUAUUGUUCAAUCCAUGCAGUAUUUAAAAUAAGUGGUUAAAAUUCGAUUUUUAAAACUUUUUUUUCUUACACAAUUUCACUUAUCAUUGUCUAUCAUCCUAGAAGGGACUCGUGUAGAAGGAGAAAAGUUUAUAAUGUUUGUAAAGGUAAUUGCCUUUAAUUUCAUAUAACCAACAUAUUUGUCAAAUCCUUUUGAAAAUAUUAAUUAGUUGUUUAAAUGUUCUGUGUUUGUUUUUUUCAAAAAGUGUUUUGAUUCUGUUGAUUAUAUAUAAUAUCUUUGUUAUUGUUAAAAUAUAGUUAUGUCAUGUGUAGUCAUUUAAGGAAUAUUUCGCAAAUUCUAACAUAUGUCCAUAAAUAUACUUUAUACUUACUAAAAGUAUAUUUAUACUUAUUAAAAGUACUGGUUGAAUUUUCCAGUUACAUAGUUUCAUUGACCUUAUUUCAAUGAUUAAAAUCAUAAGCAACUAGCUUAAUGUGCACACAUUAUGUAUUUUCCUGUAGUACAAUUUAGGGCACAGCAAAUACAAAUUUGCUUCAUUAAUUACGUGUGAUAUUGUUUCAUAAGUUAAUUACCAUUCCUAAAUGCCAUUGGUAUUCUUUUAAAUGUAUGUAAAAUUAUAUCAUUAUCUGUCACAGUUAUUUUUGGAGUAAUUUCUAGCUUUCUAGAAAAGAUAAAGCCUUUUUUAUAAUGCUGAAACUCAGUGUACAUAUUUAGUGAUUGAUAUGUAACAACCACAAAAUCUCAGUGACGUACAACAGCAAGAAUUUAUUUCUCAGAUGUUUGUGGGUCACUUGGGGAUCAGCUCAUCUAAACUGGGCUCUGCUGGAAAGCUCUGUUCAGGUUGCAGAUCCCAGUGAGCUAGGUCCUUCUAAAUUGGGCUUUGGUCUCUUUCACAUGUGUGUAUUCUGGAGCCCAGGUUGAGAGAGGAAAGCAGCUACUUGGGGGGAAGCUGCUCUGUGACAACGGCAGAUUGGCAGAAGAAAAAGGGCAAGGCUGAGUAACGUCACACUGUAAUUUCUGCCCACAUGCACUGGCCAAAGUACAUCAAAUUGUCACGCCCAGAGAAAAGGGACAGGGAAGAACCCUCCACCUUCAGCAGGAGAACUUGUGAAAUUACAUGGCAGAGGGCACAGAACAGGAGAGGGUGGAGACUCGGGGCAAAUUAUUUACUCCACCACAUAUACCAGUUGAAUACUCGAAGGAUACUCUAGAUCCUGAAUGAGGAGGAAUUUUUCUACUAUUUGAUUCCUGGGAAUUGUAUAAAUCACUUCAGUUGAUGACACUAAACAAAAUCCACUGUCAUGAUAUCUCCCCGUCCUUUCUCUUCCAUAAGAUUAGACAAGGCUGAUAAAUAUACAAGCAACAGCAAGGGCCCUUAUUCUACUGCAGUCAGCCAACAUAAUGAUCCUUAGAAGUCUUUUGUAACUAGAACAGAUUUUUUAAUUCCAGUAGUGUUCAAAAAGCUUCAGGGUCUGAAAACUAGCCUAGGACAUGUGUUGAUUAUAGAAGAACAGAUAGAUGCUGGGAUCGUUCAUGUAUAAAAUGGAGAUACAUUUAAUUUCAGUUUGGUAUUAUUUUAAUGUAAAUACUAAACUUCAGUCAAUUCUAUGAUACCUAACCCUUCAUUAUUCUGCAUUUCAGCCUAUAACAAUAUUAUCUAUGCUGUAAAUUUAGUAUUGAAAUCUAAAUGUCCUGCUAAUGAAAAAGGAAAUAAAAUGAUACAUUUUUAUCUGGGUGUUUCAAUAAAGCAAUGAAAGAAAAUGAAUGAGUGAUUUAAACUAGAAUUAAAAAUAUGGUAGCAAUUAAGAUUUGAUUAAUGUCUAACUUUACAAUUAAAAUUCUGGGAAUAAAAAUAAUGGAGAAAGAUAAAUUGAGCAGAGCUGAAACUGGAUAUAGGAUAGUAUGGGAAAUAAAAAGGACCAAAGAACAGUCCUAAAAAUGGAGGAAAUAAUAAAAAUGAUAA